AUGUUGGCCAUCUCGAGCGACGACGACCUCACGUUGAUAGCUGGGCCUGAGUUACUUGGGUAUUUCGUGAACUGGGCGCUCCUUGGCGUACUAACCGUUCAAAUAUUUCUGUAUCACGUUCACUACCCUGAUGACUCUUUGCGCAUAAAGUGCUUAGUGUACACGCUGUACAUAUGGGAAAUCAUCCAGACACUCCUUAUGACUUCCGACGCCUUUUAUUGGUUCGUUAAGAACCUAGGUAACCCAGCUUCUCUUGUCGAAUACCAGCUGUCCUGGUUCAACGUCCCCAUCAUGACUGGUGCCAUAUCCAUGGUUGUUCAGCUGUUCUUUGGUUGGCGAGUUUGGACGCUGGGGAAGAUACCGCUUCUGUGUGGAGCCAUUGUGCUGGGAGCGCUAGUCCAGGGAUGGGCGGGAAUCGCGAGUGGGAUCCAGCUUCGCGAGCUGAAGAACUUCUCAGAGCUCCCGCGUCUUUCUCCUGCCGUUACUGUAUGGCAUGUAACCAGUGCGAUUACGGACGUACUGAUCGCGUCGUCGAUGACGGUUCUCCUCCUUAAAGCGGGGAGUACGAAUGAAGCGACGAAACAAGUCGUCCGGCGGAUGAUUCAGCUUACGAUCGAGACGGGAACCCUUACAGCGGUAGUCUCAAUCACGGACGUCGUGUUCUUUGUCUCGUUCCAGCGAAUGCGCCAUCCGUUUGAUUCGACGAAUAUGCUCACCUGUUUUCCUUUACCAAGCGCAAUUAACCUAGGAAAACUGUACACCAACUCACUCAUGGCAGGUCUCAAUAACCGAUACUAUGCUCAACACAUCCUCGCGCGCUCCGAAGAGCCCACGUCAGUAAGCGCUGAGCCGUCCUCCUACCUUUCGUUCGUAACAUCUCCCGGCCCGGGCACAACCGCGUUCUCCACGUCGGAUACGUCCGCGUCAGGAGGAGACGUGGAGAAUCUCUACAUGCGGCACCACGCCGAAAUGCGUAGUGGCGCAGAGUCCCUGCAGGUCCGAAUACCAGGGCGAACGGAGGACGGUCAUGACUUGAUAGAGCUGCGGAGCCCCGAAAGAGCUUGGAAGGAGGGUAAAGGGAGGAGUUUGGGGUCGUAGGUGUGGGUCGCGGUGCGUCCGACAUUUAGGUUUGACGCAUUUGAUGCAUGAGGAGGGGUCGCGGCAGAGUCGGUUCUUCCGGGCUAUUCGGC